AUGGGCUUCAGCUGCUGCUCCGGAAACUUCUCCUCCCGCUCCCUUGGGGGCUACCUGCGGUACCCAAGUUCUUUCUACCCCAGCAACCUGGUCUACCGCAGACCUCUGCUCUCCCAGCCCCUGCCAGCUGGGAUCCUCUCUCUACAGCAGCUGUCAGGAGACCUGCUGUGAGCCCACCAGCUGCCGGACGUCCUGCGUGGUGUCCAGCCCCUGCCAGAUGUCCUGCUCCCGCCCAAGGACCUCCACACUCUGCAGUCCCUGCUG